ACGAAGCUUCUCAAUUUGGACUUUUACGGGACAUUUAGCUCUUUAAUUGAUUGUUUUCCGGACGUUUUUGUCGAUCGGAUCUGGUUGCGUUUGUUAGGGAUUGAAGAAAUUUUGGUUGUUUUGGAGUUCGGGAAGGGACAAAUAAGUGAAACCCUAAUUCGAUCUUGUAGAUUAGUUUUCCAAUUUUUCAUUGAUUGAAAUUUUACAUUUGAUUCCUCUAGAUUUCUUCUUUUGAUAAAAAGCCGAUCGAAAGAAGGAACUAGAGUUCUUGGUCUUUUUACCUGGUGGUAUUACAAUCAGAACUUUCCCCUUUUCUACAGUAAUAUGGACUCGGAAAGGACUUUGAACGGCUACUUCCAGGAUUUCAUCAUGGAACCCUCGCCGGAGUUCAAUCUAUCGUCCAAGAAAAUCCCUUCCUGCGCCCCUACCGCCUGCUUUGAUUGCAAUAUCUGCCUCGAUUUCGCUGCGGAUCCAGUUGUCACCCUCUGCGGCCACCUCUAUUGCUGGCCUUGUAUUUUUCGCUGGCUCCAUCUCGAUUCUUCCCCUCGGCAUUGCCCAGUCUGCAAAUCAUCCCUCUCGGAAUCCUCCCUCGUUCCACUCUAUGGCCGCGGCCUCAACUCCAAACCUCACCCCCGUGAUGACAGCGGCAUCCCUGAACGACCUCGAGAACACCGGAACUUGGCUUCUCCGGCCAUAUCCGCCGGCCACCAGCCACCCCUCGCACCGAGGCAGGAUGUUCAUAUGUAUCAAAACCCUCACUUUUACGGAAGUGAUCGUGUGAAUCACCUGGGAGUCAUGCACUCCACUGCUGGGGCCCUGCUCGGGGAGAUUGCUUUCUCUCUGCUUCCAUGGGCAUUCAGGAACCAUCAAAAUCUCUAUGCAAGCUUUAACCAGUCGCCGGCCAUGAGUGGGAGGAAUUGGAGGUGGAGGCAGGAGUUGAUGGUGGAGAGCUGGCUGCAUCAGCUAUGGCUUUUCCUCUUCUGCUGCGCUCUUCUGUGUCUGGUGUUCUUCUAGAGAGCAAGAAGCCAUGUAAGUUUUGAGCUUUCAUCUUCUUCCUCCACCUCGGCAUACUUAUUUGGCUUAUAGUAUAAUAUGAUUACUUGUAUAGAUACUUGUAUAGUGAUUGCUAGGAAAGUAAUCAAGUAGUUCCUUCAAGGAACUGUUUUAGUGUGCUGAAUAAAAGUUGUGCAAAAGCAAUUUCUGUAAGCGAUUUUUGUUAUUGUUGGAGCUGUUGGGCUUCUUAUGAUUAAUGAAGAUGAUCAAAAGAUCUUAAUGUAA